CGCCUGCCUUCCGCCCUUCGGUGAAGAUGGCUGCCCGCGCGGGGCCCCGAGCCGCGGGGACCGACGGCAGCGAUUUCCGACACCGGGAGCGCGUGGCCGAGCAUUACCAGAUGAGUGUGUCCCUCAAGUCUGAGAUUAAGAAGUUGAUCUACAUGCAAGUGGCGCUGUGGCUGCUGGUGGCGGCGCAGAUGUGCGUCGCCCACUUCAAGUGGCUGCCCCACGACCAGGUGGCCAUGCCCUACCAGUGGGAGUACCCGUACUUGCUGAGCAUCAUCCCUUCGCUGUUCGGCCUCCUCUCCUUUCCCCGGAACAACAUCAGUUACCUGGUGCUCUCCAUGAUCAGCACGGGCCUCUUCUCGAUAGCGCCUCUCAUCUACGGCAGCAUGGAGAUGUUCCCGAUGGCCCAGCAGCUCUACCGCCACGGCAAGGCCUACCGCUUCAUCUUUGGCUUCUCCGCUGUCUCGGUGAUGUACUUGCUGGUCGUGAUCGCCGUGCAGGUUCACGGCUGGCAGCUCUACUACAGCAAGAAGCUGCUGGACUCCUGGUUCACCAGCACGCAGGAGAAGAAGAAGAAGUGAAGAAAUGGCCC